AUGAUACAGAUUAUUAAGAACAUGGAUGAAUUCCAAACAUUUUUGAAAACUGCUGGAUGCAAACUUGUGGUGGUUGAGUUUUCUGCAAAAUGGUGUGGCCCCUGCAAAAGGAUGUGCCCUCUUAUUCAGGCAAUGUCUCUGCAGUACCAAAAUGUAAUGUUUGCGAAUGUGGAUGUGGACAAAUCUCGGGAGUUGGCCCAAACAUGUAACAUCAAAAUAAUACCCACAUUUCAGAUGUUCAAGCAAGCCAAGAAGGUAACCGUAUUCUCAAGAUUCCAAAGAAUAUUUUGCUGUUGUAGACGUGAAUACGUGAGCAACCAGAUUUUUGAAAUGUGUGGAGCUGAUGCUAAAAAAUUGGAAGCGAAGAUUCGAGAACUAAUGUAAACUGAUCUCCAGGACAAGAUACACUUGUAACAUUUCCAAAAGUCAUAGCAAAUGAGUUUAUGUUCUCAUUUCUGGCAAAUAUUUUAAUGUUCUAUUGGUCUUUCUCCUAAUG